AUGCUGUUCAGCCUUGUGGAGAAGAAGACCUUUCUGGAAUACGUCCCCAGCAAGGCCGAGACGUUGACACGCUCCUCUAGCCUGCCAUUGUUGCCGAGCACAUGGUCGAGCACGAGCGAGCACCUUCAGGAAGAGCCAGAUGAGCUCACCAACAAAGUCCCGAAGCUUUUCCUGAUGUCUGUGCGUCAGCACAGCAUCGAGUGUACAGAAUCCGACUUGGCCUCUCCAGGCGCAGCAUCCAUGCGGGGGUCUUGUACAGCCUGGCAAUUGGCAUCCACGCGCGGCGGCAGUGACAGAAGCCUCCUGACAUCCUUCAUCGACUCCACCCACGGAGGAAGCUCAUGGAUGCUGGAGGAUGGUGCGCACGAUGUUGCCAAGUGGACGGGCCCAGUCCCGACCACACCUCAUUCACCACAGUCCGCCAUCAGUGGCUCAGGCUCAAGCACCACCACGGGAAGUGUCCAGCAACCUUCCGAGUCGGCCGGGUCCCAUCUGCACGAGGCGAAGCUUUGUCGACCUUGUGCUUGGUACUGGCGACCGGGCGGUUGCACCAGGGGUGCAGACUGCCUCCACUGUCAUCUCUGUGCAGAUGGAGAGCUGCAGAAGAGGAGGUUUGAGAAUCGCAAGCUGGCCAAGCUGCGCAAGAAGCAGAAGAAGGAGGCUCAUUAG